AACCCCCAUCCUGGAGGAAGCCUGGCACAGCCCAGUGCCCGGGACUCAGGGGACCACCACUGACUGACACUGACAGCCCUCCGCCUGGUGUGCGGAUCCCUGACUACGAAGACUCCCAUCCGGAUUACGUACUCUCCGCCAUUCACUAACACCGUCUACGCAAACGGCGUGUGACAGGGAGAGAGCGGAACUUUCUCUGCGCAAAAGGCGUAUCUCAGCCCCCGAAAACAGGAGAAGCCCCUCUCCUCCGCCUCCUCCUCCUGUCUCCAAGCCGGUCUCUAGGAACAUCUUAUAAACAACAUGGCGGCCAGGAAGGCUGGAGGGGCAGAGUAGCCGGAGGGAGAGAAGGCGAGGAGUCCGUCCUGACUUCACAAUGGGGGGGCUACCCGUCACCUGCUAGUCCCGGGGACAUGAGGAGCGGAGGACCGGCCCGGGACUGUACUGACAUCCGGGCUACUCCGGGAUCUCCGCACCAUGUCUCUGCACGGAUCUCCCUCCGCCGGAGCUCACACCAACACUGCAGACAUGGACGACAGACUGCCGCCUAUCCUGUGUGCGGCCAGCGCCUCCUCCGGGGGGAUGGAGAGAGGAGCUAAGGGCCAGUUCUCCACGUUCAGCAGUUUCAUUUCAACUAUCAACCAAAAGAAAGAGGCCGCUGGGAACAGAUGCUCACCUACGCAGCUCGUUAUACCCAACAGCAAAAACGUGAGGGACCUUCCACCAAUUUGCCUUGACGUCCGACAAAAGCAGCGUAUCUCAAUUGAUACAUUGCCGCCUGAGAUGAAAGCCCCCAUCCUGCCCGAAUCGCCAAAUCCAACACGCAGCAAAACACUGAAGGAUUUCCAGAUAGACCUGGACAAAGCCAAAUCAACGGGGGAAUGGAAAGCUGUGCACGAUUUUUAUUUAACUACGUUUGAUUCAUUCCUGGAGUUAAAUGCUGCUUUCAAGAGAGAUGUAAAUACUUCUGUCAACACUGUUGAGGAUUCUAGAAUUAAUACAAAAUUUUUAAACACUGUCUAUGAUGCCUUAUUAAAUACUGCUCAAGAUAUCCAGAAAACAGUGCUAAAAGGGAUUAUUAACAGUCUUUUAAGAGAAUGGAAAGGGCCAAGAACAAAGGAUGACCUUCGAGCCUAUUUUAUUCUAACACAGAAUCCACAGUUCAGCAGCACUUCUACUUAUGUCAUCUACGCACAUCUGCUUAGACAAAUCACCACACUGUCAGACGCGGACCACAAUUUGUUAAUACAUUGGUUCAAAAAGAUGUCACCAAAACGUUUCAAGCAAUUGGUUGACCGAUUGUUACAGUUUAUAUCCUUGCGCCUCUUUCCUGCAAAGCCUGAAGAGUUUCCAUCGGUAGCAAAAUGCACUUGGUGGAUUCCAUCUGCAACCAAAGUGCUAGCUUUGCUAAAUGCUGCAAACUCUCUUUGCAAUCCACCAAUUAUCCCUUACACCGACUUCUAUAAUUCCACUUUGGAUCAUAUUGAUCUUAUGGAAGACUAUCAGACCUGGCAGUUUUAUGGCAACACUCACAGGUUUUCAUUUUGUCAGUUUCCUUUUGUCCUCUCCAUUGCUGCAAAAAAAGUCAUCAUUCAGAAGGACUCCGAGCAACAGAUGAUCAGCAUUGCAAGACAAAGCCUUGUGGAUAAAGUAGCUAGGCGGCAAAAGCCAGAUAUGAAUAUGUUGUUUCUUAAUAUUAAAGUGAGACGGCUACAAUUGGUCAGUGAUUCGCUUGACGAGCUCACAAGAAAACGGGCAGACCUGAAGAAAAAGCUGAAGGUUACUUUUGUUGGGGAAGCUGGUCUUGACAUGGGUGGCCUGACUAAGGAGUGGUUUCUCCUGCUAAUCAGACAAAUUUUCCAUCCUGACUAUGGUAUGUUUACCUUUCACAAAGACUCAAACUUUCAUUGGUUUAGCAGCUUUAAGUGUGAUAACUAUUCAGAGUUUCGUCUGGUUGGAACUUUGAUGGGACUGGCUGUGUAUAACAGCAUAACCCUAGAUAUUCGCUUUCCACCCUGCUGUUACAAGAAGCUGCUGAGUCCUCCUGUAGUACCCUGCGAUCAGAACAUACCUGUAGGCAUCGCAACUGUCACUCUGGAUGACCUCUAUCAAAUUAUGCCGGAAUUGGCUCAUGGACUGAAUGAGCUUCUAACGUAUGAGGGCAAUGUAGAAGAAGAUUUCUAUUCAACAUUCCAGGUCUUUCAAGAAGAGUUUGGAGUCAUUAAAUCAUACAGUCUUAAACCUGGUGGAGAUAAAAUCCCUGUUACCAAUCAGAACAGAAAAGAAUAUGUCCAGCUGUAUGUAGAUUUUCUGCUUAAUAAAUCCAUCUACAAGCAAUUCUCUGCCUUUUAUUAUGGUUUCCACAGUGUGUGUUCCUCUAAUGCAUUGAUGUUACUACGUCCAGAAGAAGUGGAGAUUCUUGUUUGUGGAAAUCCUGAACUAGAUUUGCAUGCACUCCAGAAAAAUACUCAAUAUGAUGGAUACCAGAAAACAGAUCUUACAAUCAGACAUUUUUGGGAUGUCGUUUUGGGAUUUCCUCUUGACCUUCAAAAGAAAUUGCUUCACUUCACAACGGGGAGUGACAGAGUGCCAGUGGGAGGGAUGGCAGACUUGAAUUUCAAGAUUUCAAAGAGUGAAACAUCAACUAACUGGUUGCCAGUUUCGCACACGUGCUUUAACCAGCUGUGUUUACCACCCUAUAAAACGAAGAAGGAAUUAAAGCAGAAGCUGACAAUCGCCAUUUCCAAUGCAGAAGGAUUUGGGCUGCAGUGAAGAAACUCAGAGGCCUUUACAGACUUCAACCUUUUCUUUGUAGAUAUCUAGAAUGUUAUAUUUGUGUAACGAGUGCAGCAGUGCUGUCAACUCAACACUUUGAUAGAACGUGCAACUAUUGCCUGACUUCAGAUGUGCAAGGAGGAAACUUUGUAAUCAACAGAGUCUGUCAGCAUCUGCACUUCCAUUUACUGUGCUUUUAAAUGAUAUCAUUGUGCUGGAAAGACCUGCAGAAUGUCUAUUACCCACGAUGAAACCAACACAAGAGACUCACCACCUCUGCACACCUGCUACAUUACCCUGACCUUGGCACAAUUCUGAUCAGCAGAUUUUGCCAGAAACGACUUUUAUUAUUUCCACUAUUGGUUUACGUUGCUUUAUUACGCUAAUGGGAUGUAGAUAUAUUUAUAAAGAGCUGGAAAAAUAGUGAA